UGUGAGGUCCCGCGCUCCUCCCCUCUGGUCUCCGCCCUCUGCUCCCGGGUGAGACACGUGAUUGGGAGACAUCGCUGUGUGUGACACGGUUGUGUCUAUUGGACCCAGGGGGUUAUGGGAAAGGUCCUCUGCACGAAGAGAAUCUAGACGCUACCGUCACCGGUGACUGGGAGACAGCGGUUGUGUCUAUGACGCCGCAAGAAGUGAAAAAGACAUCUGGUGACUGACAUCCUUCAGCUGUGCCUCCAUCCUGGUGCCUCCACCUCUCUCACUGAUACAUGAGAGGCACAAAGACCAGAAGAUCCUGGAACUCACCAACAAGAUCAUUCAGCUGCUGACUGGAGAGGUUCCUAUAAGGUGUGAGGAUGUCACGGACUCUUUCUCCAUGGAGGAGUGGGAGUAUAUAGAGGAACACAGGGGUCUGUACAAGGACGUGAUGAUGGAGAAUCACCGGCCCCUCACAUCACUGGGGUAAAGAUCUGUCUAAUAUUAAGGAGGAAGAUCUGGGGGAGAAGAAGAGCCCAAUGUGACCGAUAUAAAAGCAGAAGAUAUAAAGGAGGAGGAAGAAGAGACGUGUGUGAGGGGUGAUCAGCAGUGUAUGGAAGGGGAGAUCCCUACAGGUAUCUGCACAGAUGGACACAGCAUCAGGAAUUCCUCAGAGGAACGUCUCAGUUUAUCUCCAGACGGUGAUAUAGAAGAUAACGACAUCACACAAGAUUCUCCAGAAGGAAAGCCCAUUACCCCAAUUAUAUAUCCAGUAACACAAAGAGCAGUUACAGUAUCUAAUCCCUCUAACCAUGGGGACUGUUCCCCUGAUACAUCAGAUAUUGGUGCAUCUGUUACACUUCAUACUGAUACAAUACUUCCCAGUUCUAUAGAUGGCAAAUGUUCUACACAGAACACAAAGCUAAUUACUAAUCGGUCAGCUAUGACAGGUGAGAAACCAUUUCCAUGUUCUGAGUGUGGGAAAUGGUUUACACGAAAAUCCUCUCUUGUUGUACAUCAGAGACAUCACACAGGUGAGAAGCCUUUUCCAUGUUCUGAGUGUGGGAAAUGUUUUACAGAUAAAUCAGCUCUUGUUAGACAUGAGAGACAUCACACAGGUGAGAAGCCUUUUCCAUGUUCUGAGUGUGGGAAAUGUUUUACAGAUAAAUCAGCUCUUGUUAGACAUGAGAGACAUCACACAGGUGAGAAGCCUUUUCCAUGUUCUGAGUGUGGGAAAUGUUUUACACAGAAAUCAUCUCUUGUUAUACAUGAGAGACGUCACACAGGUGAGAAGCCUUUUCCAUGUUCUGAGUGUGGGAAAUAUUUUAUAGAUAAAACAUCUCUUGUUAAACAUGAGAGACGUCACACAGGUAAGAAGCCUUUUCCAUGUUCUGAGUGUGGUAAAUGUUUUAUAAAUAAAUCAUCUCUUGUUAUACAUGAGAGAUGGCACACAGGUGAGAAGCCAUUUUCAUGUGCAGAGUGUGGGAAAUGUUUUACAAGGCAAUCACAUCUCAUUCAACAUGAGAGAUGUCACACAGGUGAAAAACCAUUUCCAUGUUCUGAGUGUGAAAAAUGUUUUACAAGUAAAUCAGCUCUUGUUACACAUGAGAGAAGUCACGCAGGUGACAAUAAAUUUCCAUGUUCUGAGUGUGGGAAAUAUUUUACACGGAAAGCAUCUCUUGUUGUACAUCAGAGCCAUCACACAAGUUACAAACUAUUUUCAUGUUCUGAGUGUUUUAAAUGUUUUACAGCUAAAUCAUCUCUUGUUAUACACGAGAAAAGUCACACAGGUGAAAAUCCAUUUCCAUGCUCUGUGUGUGGAAAAUGUUUUACAAUUAGAACAGCUCUUGUUAUACAUGAGAGAAGUCACACAGGUGAGAAACCAUUUCCAUGUUCUGAGUGUGGAAAAUGUUUUGCAAGUAAAUCAGCUCUUGUUAUACAUGAGAGACGUCAUAUAGGUGAGAAACCAUUUCCAUGUUCUGAGUGUGGAAAAUGUUUUAUACAGAAAUGUUAUCUUGUUAUACAUGAAAGACAUCACACAGGUGAAAAGCCAUUUUCAUGUUCUGUGUGUGGGAAAUGUUUUACACAGUUAUCAAGUCUUAUUAAUCAUGAGAGAAAUCACUCAGGUGGGAAGCCAUACUCCUGUUCGGAGUGUGGGAAAUGUUUUACACAAAAAUCAGUUCUUGUUAGACAUGAGAGAUGUCACACAGGUGAGAAGCCAUUUCCAUGUUCUGAGUGUGGGAAGUGCUUUACAGAGAAAUGGCUUCUUGUUAUACAUAAGAGAAGUCACACAGAGGCAAAGCCAUUUUCAUGUUCUGAGUGUGGGAAAUGUUUUAGACAGAAAUCACAUCUAAUUAUACAUGAGAGAAAUCACACAGGUGAGAAGCAAUUUCCAUGCUCUGAGUGUGGGAAAUGUUUUACAUAUAAAUCAUCUCUUGUUAUCCAUGAGAGAACUCAUACGGGUGAGAAGCCAUUUUCAUGUUCUGUGUGUGGGAAAUGUUUUAGACAGAAAUCACAUCUAAUUAAACAUGAGAGAAGUCACACAGGUGAGAAGCAAUUUCCAUGCUCUUGAGUGUGGGAAAUGUUUUACAUAUAAAUCAGCUUUUAUUAAACAUAAGAAACUACACACAGGUGAGAAGGGUUACACACAAAUAAUCUCUUUAAACAUCAGAAAAUAAGUUACUGCCGGUGACCAUGCGAUUGUACGGAACUGUUUCAUCUUAAGCUCAUUCGUAGCACACAGAUGGAGAUGGGAGUACCUGUUGAAGACUAAUAUUUUGCUCCCAGCAUUGAGCUGUUGUAAGUUCUGAUGCUAAUGAUGGGUGCGGACGUCAUAACAGUGGGCAAGGAUAGCCUUUCACCGUUGCAUGGAUUUUGGCGCUACCAUCAUGUAAGCAGGCAACUGCGGCCAGGCAGAAAAGCAACCACGGAUGCAUCCUAAAUAUAAUCAGCCCCAUUAUUGGUAAAUGGGGCCCUAUGCAAUAUGUAACGCCGAAUAUGGGCUGGAUAUGUAAUGUCUUGUCCAGGACACUAUUACGUUAUCUCUCUUCAGACUCUGUAAUAUAAGGCUUGAUAUGAUUCAUAUAGUUGCUUCUUUAAUAUGCAACGGCGUCACUGGGGGUCAUUACGAAGCAGUGGAAAUACAAUUUCUUCAGUUCUCCAUGGCAGCCUUUGCUAUGGGAUAGUCAUGUAAUCUUUGUCACGGUUGCAGUACCACUUCCUACCAGGGGUGCUGCUCUUUCCUUAUGAUACCUUCCAUCCAGACUACAUCCCUGUCUAUGAUUCUGCUGGGACGAUUGCCUAAUUAGGCAGCUUUGGGCCACACCUGAAACUGCCCUACUUAUUACCGCUGCUCACUCCCGCCUGAGCUGGUUCAUUAAGUCAGAACCCCGUGUCUGUUCUCCAAGUCUGGUCUUCUGUGCCUGAUUACUAUUGCAUCUGUUCCUGUAUCCUACCUGCAAGUUCUGUCCUCAAUUUCAUGUACACAAGUUUGUACAUUUUCCUUUUGGACUAGUUCUGCUUGGGAAUCAUCUACUGUAUAUUGCUAUCAGUUCUCUGUUCAUCAGCUUCUCAUACUACCUCCAGCAUUUGCCCUAAUGUAUCUGAGUUCUGCCUCCUACAUUGCCAUCCAAUCAGAUUAUUCUGGUAACACCAUAUCCAGCGUCUUCAGUUAUUGCCUUCUGUCUUCUCCAUCAGUGUUCAGACUACAUUCAGAUCAGUUAGAAGACUCCUGGCUCAAAAUGAUAUUUUUGCCAUUUGGUCAAAGACUUUGCUUAAAUGUGGGGAGAGAUGUGUGCUGAGCGUGCGGAGGGGGACGGGGGGGCCGCUCACUUCACCCAGCGGGUGAAAUGAGCGACCUGCUAGAUUGAGCCUGCAUGCAGGCCGAUCUAGCACCAGCGAUAGCGACGCGCGGGGCUGCGCAUCGCUAUCGCUGGGAGGGGUACACGCGGAGAGAUCAUGCUGAAAAUCUAAGCAAUCUAGUCAGAUUGCUUAGAUUUUAGGCUGGGAUCGCUCCGUGAGUACCCCCCUUAAGUCUUAGGUAAAUUGGAUGAAGGCAUUUUGUUUAAUAUAGGUCACAAAUCGCUCCGUUUUAAUGUGUGCAAUUUGGUCACACGAGAUUUAGUUGCAUGCAAUUGCAACUUAUUUGCAUAAUUAAUACAGGUUAAAAGUUAUAUUAAGAUUGGUAAUGGUUAAGGUUAUGACUUGUAAAUACAGUGUAUAACAUUGGUACAUUUCAAAGAGAUUUGCAACAAAAAGUAAUAAAGACGCUUUAUGAUUUAGUA